CCAAACGCAGUGCCGAAAUUUUACCGUAGUCGUACUAUUCCAUUUGCGUUGAUGCCAAAAUUUAAAGCUGAAGCCGACCGUUUACAACAAGCCGGAAUUUGGAAACCAAUUAAAUGCAGUGAUUGGGCUUCUCCAAUUGUAGUUGUAACUAAGCCUGACGGUUCGUUAAGAAUAUGCGGAGAUUUUAAGGUUGCUGUGAACCCGCAAAUUUAUGCAGAGCAGUAUCCUUUGCCAACGCGCGAAUCUUUAUUUUAUAAACUACGCAAAGGUACUCAUUUUUCANAACUACGCAAAGGUACUCAUUUUUCACAAAUUGACUUACGCGACGAAUAUUUGCAAAUGGAAUAG